CCCAAAGGGUGGAGUGCGUCUUUUGAAGACGCACACAACCACAAUCCCUGAAGGAAGAGGUUGAGAAAAGGAUUUAAAGUCAACAAUGCAUUUUGAAUCAAGUUAAUCAUUAGGCUAAAUGUUAUAGGCUAUACAAAAUUGGCACUGUAAUGUAAAGUGUUACUUUUUAUACUCCUAUCUGUCAUGCAGGUUUCGCGGAUCCGCGCGGCACGUAAAAUUGAGUGGCUCAGAUGCGCGCUAACGCACCACUUCAGCCCAGAUCCCUGCGUGGAAAACGAGAUCGUGGUUUUGGCCAUCGGAGUGGACCAGUAUCUCCAGGAGGUGUUUCAUCACCUCGCCGUUUACCACGGUGAUGACCUCGUCUCGAAUGAGGACUUUAGGAGUCUGUGUUUGAUUUUGGGGAUCCCCGCGAGCGCAGAGACCGAGAACGGCACCUCAGAGCACCGGGAUAUUUGCGACGGACUUCCUCUUGUGCUGAACUUUAAAGACUUUCACGCACGGCUUUGUGGGUUUUUCUCGCUAAAAGCGCAGGAAGGACAGACGGGAGUUCGACUUCCGGUCAGCGAGGAGACCGAGCACAUCGAGCGGGAGAUCAGGCUCCGGUGUCCCCGCGUCCGGAGGAGAAAGUGCGUCAGGUUUGAUCUGUCUGCCGACCAACAGAACCGGAGGAGGUCAGCGAGGAGAUCCGGACCCUCUCAGAAUCCGGAUCAUUUGCAGAGCUCUGCUGUGGAACCCAAAAGAAACGCAGUGGAUAUUAACCCUCAGAGGAGAUGGCAGGACCAGCUGGAGCUGGAGAACGCCAGUCUGAGGGAGCUGGUGGAGGACUUGCGUUCUGCCCUCCAGAGUAGCGACGCGCGGUGUUUGGCACUGGAGGUGGCCUUAUGCCGAAAAGACGUGCCGUCCCAACAUACUGCUGGAGGAACCCCUGAAAAACAGGACUGCAAAACAAAAACACAACAAUCCAAACACAUGGAAUGGGACUCCAGAAGAAGCACUAAAGACCUCCUACGAGAGCUGGAACUGAUCCGUGCUUCUCGCGAUGGACAGCUGGAGGAAGCCAUGCGGUUUAACCAGAGGUUAGAGGAAGAGCUGAUGGCGGCUUAUGGAGAGAUUAGCAGGAUGCAGGAGAUGCUGGACAGCGUCCGGACGGAAAACACGCGGAUUAAGAAGAGGACAGAAGAGGUCAGAGAGUCACUGGCCACAGGGCUGGAGGGUGUGAGGACCUUACAAGACCAGGCUCGACAAGCUGACCUGCUCCGAGAACAAGUCCAGAGUCUGGAGAGCCAGCUGGAGAAGUUCAGGGCCCAGUGCACCUGCCCAGAGCUGAAUAUGAACAAAACUGAAAUGCUAGCUGAACCAUGUGGGUCUGGAUUUCCCUCCCCCACCAGUCAUGAUGAUGCCAGAAGAGAAGAAGACCUGCAGAGGUCAGUAGAGGGUCAGGCAGCAUCCGAUGAGGAAGAGGAGGAGAGGAGCGUAGAUGAAGGACAGUGCUGCCACCUGGAGGUGAAACGGCUGAUCAACAGAUUACACAGCUGUGCCAAAGGGUGUCAGAAAGCUGCUAUCUGUAACUGGCUUAUCUCUCAGAGCUCCGCUCAUAGCAAAGACACUAAAGAAUGCGUGUGGAUUCCUCAAGCGGAUGAGAGGGGAAAUCAAGCGGGAAAGCAGAAAGAGGUGGAGAGUUUGAGAGUUUAUCAUUCACUGCUGGAGGAGAGACUGACUGAUGCACUCACGUUACUGCUGCAGAUACCACAUAAAAGAGUCUCUCGCAGGAUCUUGGGGAAAAUACUGAUCAACACACUAGAUCUGUGUACUAGAAAAAGCCACGACUGCACUCCGGUGGUUCUGGUGGUGGACACACUGUGCCGGCAGCUCCUCUCCAGUGACCUCCUGGAUGGAGGAGAGGAGGUCAGCGUUGGGUCACGACCUUCUGGGACCUCAGGUCACCGAAACACAUCCAACCCCCUUCUGAUGUCCUGCUGAGAUUUUACAGAUGUCCUACUUUACAUGAGGAGUCAAAGGAAGCAGUGUGGAUCAAUCACCCACAUCUGUGUCCCGAUCUCCAAUUAGCCACA